CGCGAUAGCACUCAACUUGUCGGCAUUCAUGUCUCAUACUCCACGCCUAUGACAUCUGCUGCGGAAAUUCGAAACUUUCGAGAGGGCCUGCUGACUGCCACGUUCAAACUAGAAGCGAGAACCAUGCAAGAUAGCAUCCAUGGACUGCGAAGGAGGCCGCAUUCCAUAUCGUCAUCACCAUAUCGCGCGUAUACAUAAAUGAGCUCUCCGUCCGAUGACCCAUCCACGCCUCGCUCGGGGGCUCCGACUUGUUGCUCGACUCUGAGCUUGCUUACCGUACUCGAUGUCCGACCUGAUCAAGCCGUUUCCGCGAACGAAGUCGGGGCCGAACUCGCUGCUCGUCAGGAUGGGUGCUGUAGGGGCGACCUUAAGCGCCGAGCAAUGGUCACGCAUCAAGGUGAGUGCAGUACUAGUAGUUGACCGUGCGCUACGUCCUCCUGACUUACUCCACCGAGUAUCACAUUAGAAAAUUGAUUCAACGAUACCUGGUGCCGGGAACGACUUUCCGGAGGCAGCCUCAAGCCACCAUGCAUCGUCUGGUCGAAGCAGUGUGUCGUAAAUAUCCGUUUUUCAGGCUUUUCCAGGAUCUCUGGCCACUCCGAGAGUACAUCGAGGAGUAUCUCAGAGUGCAUGUAACCCAGACGGAAUGGCCAAGACUGCGGACCGUGCCACAGGCACACGAACAACGCACGGGCGAAAACUUCAUCGACCUUUCCGGUGACACCGACGACGAAGGGACCAUGAGGCCCAAUCAGACUUCACCAACGCGAAUCAACAUGGAGGACACGCCUGAAUGGGCAUCAUUAGUUGUGGCGACGCAACCCUCGACUGCGAACCAGGUACGCGAUCAGCAUCGCGCAGAGCGCCUACCGGGCUCUUCAAAUGCACAGCGUGAACAAGCUUCCCCGGAAAAUGCAGCCGAUCCUGUAGUCACGCUGCUCAUAAAGCAACCUCUCAAGUCGGUGCAGCGUGUGCGUCCUGCGCUGUGGGCUCUGGGAAUCAACGAUCAGGCGGAUAUCGAUUCCGUGUGCUGCUCAGAUAUACAACAACGCGACAACUGGUUGGAGGCUGAGCUCCGUAGGGCGGGCACAUCCGAAGGCUCCGGUGAUAUCACUCCUUUGGAUUUGUUCCUCACAAAGCAGGCUUUUGCCAGACACGAAAAUACAUUGAAGGCGAAAGGGUCGCAGAAUGCGAUGUAAGCGUGUG